AUGGAUAUCGCGCCACUACCCUCUUUGAAUGAUGAAUUUAAUUCAGUUUUUCCACCUGGUUGGGGAACAACAAUUAUUGGUAAAAAAAUAGUAGAGGGUGAAGAUAAGUUCCCGAAUGUAGAAUUGCAUUUUUUCAUCAAUUGCACCAAUGAAGAGGAGUUUGGAAAGUGGUUGAUGGAGUUUGAAAAUUCAACAAGUUCAUCAUACGUUAUCGCCUGUACAGACGUUGAGAAUGGAGCUAAAUUGAAACUGAAAAGAAGACUAAGGUGUCAUCAUUCUACACGGUGCACUAAAACCUACAACCCGUCCUUAAAAAACAAAACUAGAAACACCAAUUGUCCUUCGAAAAUAACUGUAAAGAUACAUGUUAUUAGAAAAAAGUAUAGGGGCAAGAAAGAAAAUUUCCAACUCUUACAAGAGGCGCCUUGUGAGGUUAAACUUAUUUUAACACACAACCAUAUGACCAAUACUGCAGAUUCUUUACGGUUUCGUAAAGUUUCUAAGAAUGUAAGAGAAGAGUUACUAAGUCUUUAUAAGAAUGGCCAUACAGCAGGAACAGCUUUGGAGAUGAUUAAAUGUAACAUUCAGCUUACCAGGGAUGAUUAUGUGACAGCUUUGGCAGACCGUAAUAUAUGUCCAACCUAUAAAUACUGUUAUGAUCUAUAUAUGAAAGAGUUUAAAGAAAAUUAUGGACCUAUGAAAUUUGAUACAGAGGCGAAAAUGUUUUUAGAAAAUAAUCUUACACUGUACAAUGCUGAAAAAAGAGAAACAAUAACAAACAUUCUAGAAAUGUUUAUGGAAGUGGCCAAAAUCGAAGAGGACGAAAAAUUCCUAUACAAAGUACUGCUGUAG